AUGCCUUUUGCAACAGAACUCACCAAGCAACUCGGCAUCAGAGUGCCCGUCGUCCAAGGCGGCAUGAUGCACGUAGGCACCGCCGAUCUUGCCUCAGCCGUCUCCAAUGCCGGCGGCUUGGGUAUCAUCACCGCUCUCAUCUUCCCCACGCCCGAGGAACUGCGCAAGGAGAUCCAACGCUGCCGCACCCUCACCAAGAACCCCUUCGGUGUCAAUAUCACCCUUCUUCCCGCCAUGGUGCCCCCGAACUACGCCGCAUACGCCCAGGCCAUCAUAGACGAGGGAAUCAAGGUCGUCGAGACUGCAGGAAACUCUCCCGGGCCUGUUAUCUCGCAGUUGAAGAAGGCCGGCAUCAUUGUUCUCCACAAGUGCACCACGAUUCGCCAUGCUCAGAGCGCCGUCAAGCUUGGCGUCGACUUCCUCAGUAUCGACGGUUUUGAGUGCGGUGGACACGUUGGCGAGAGCGACAUUACGAACUUUAUCCUGCUCAGCAAGGCCCGUCAAACCCUCGGUGUUCCCUUCAUCGCCAGCGGUGGCUUCGCAGAUGGUUACGGACUCGCAGCCGCGCUGUGCCUCGGCGCUUCUGGAGUCAACAUGGGGACGCGAUUCAUGUGCACGGUCGAGGCUCCAGUGCACCACAAGGUCAAGGAGGAGAUUGUGCGCGCCGACGAGACCGACACAACGCUCCUCAUGCGCAGGUGGAGAAACACCACCCGACUCUUCAAGAACAAGGUUGCCCUGGAGGCUCUCGAGGUCGAGAAGAAGAGUGAGAAGGGCGAGUUUGCCGAGAUUGCCCCGUUUGUGAGUGGUAAGCGAGGAAAGGAGGUCUUUGUGAACGGCGAUACUGAAUACGGCGUUUGGACAACUGGCCAGGUCAUCGGCCUGAUUAAUGAUAUUCCUACAUGCGAUGUCCUUGUUCACAGAAUUGAGAAGGAGGCGGAGACGGCGUUGAAAGAGAGACUCGCGCUUCUGGUGCCCGAGUCAAAGUUAUAG